AUGUUUGCUGCUGCCACUAUGCCCAAUCCCGACAACCACGAGAUGUCAAUGACUUUUGUGUCGCAGUUCGUCAUCAAUGCCAGCGAUAUCAUCACGGCAUCAACGGUCCAGCUCCGGACACAGUUCGUUACGGUCCCUGAAUGUAUCACAUACAUCCACUCUUUGGACGCAACAGAAAGCAUUGUCCCGCAGUCAAUAUAUGACAUAUAUUCCACCGCGGAUACCGCCUACGCCUGGAAUAUAUACCGCACGACGCGGAUGAGACUACACCACUGCAUGCUGAUGUUAAUUAAUUGUGCGCUGGCCGACUUUGCUAUCGAUGCGUGGGAAGCGGUAGACAACCAGGAUAUCCAGACCCUCGUACGACGGCGACAAGAGCACAUGGAAAUUUUGCAUUCUAUGGCGCAAGAGAUCUUGAGUUUUGUUCCUGCUACCGUUAUGCAAGCGGUGCGUUCGAAGCCUUCGUCUCCUCAAGCCGCGGAGUCUAUUCCAGAACCAGCUCAGCGAUCAAUCUGCUGGGCGGAUGCUCUCCGUCUUGUCUGGCCCUUGGCCACCAUCUACAAGCUACCAAUGGUACAAGAGGAACAGCGGUGGAUCGCAAGACAAUCAUGCUAUGUGAUUGGAAAGCAAUGGGGGAUUCGAGAAGCGUUGAAACAGUGGUCCAGUCCAGUGGCGAGAAAACCCCAGGCAAUUGUACUUGGGUCUACUUUUGACCAAGAUGACUGGCAAGUGUUUUCAUCAGGGAGAAGCCUGACGACCAGGGAGAUCUGGACAUAA